AUGGCCUGCAACAGCCUCUGCCGUCCCUGUGGACCCACCCCGCUGGCCAACAGCUGCAACGAGCCCUGUGCCCUGCAAUGCCAGGACUCCCACGUUGUCAUCAACCCUUCUCCUGUGCUGGUCACCCUGCCAGGACCCAUCAUGACCUCCUUCCCCCAGAACACCGCUGUUGGAUCCACCUCCUCGGCUGCCGUGGGCACUGAACUCAGUGUGCAGGGACAGCCCAUCUCUGGUGGAUUUGGUGGCUUUGGCUACGGCCUUGGCUAUGGCCGUGGAUUUGGCUACGGGCUGGGCUGUGGCUAUGGGCUGGGAGGCCUGGGCUGCUAUGGCAGAAGGGGUGGCUACAUCUGCUAA